AUGGUCUAUUUCUUCAAAUCCGAUGACGUCGCAAACAAAUUUAACAUCAACCAAGCUUCCAAUCUUCUCAAGAAAUCGUUGUCCCAAGUCUUGAGUCACUACUACCCACUCGCCGGAAGACUCAUAACCACCAACUUAGUCGUGGAUUGCAACGAUGAGGGUGUCCCUUACGUAGAAACCAGAGUCAGGUGCCACCUCAGCACCGUCGUCGACAAUCCAUCUCCGGCCGACGUCAGGAAACUGCUUCCCUACGACAUGGAUGAAAUCGUCGACACCGUCCUAGGUGUCCAAUUCAAUGUCUUCGAUUGCGGCGGAAUAGCCGUCGGAGUAUGCCUCUCCCACAAGAUCGCCGACGCGCUGUCGUAUUUCCAGUUCAUAAAGAGCUGGGCCGCCAUGGCACGGGGCGAAGCAGAAAAAAUCAGAACCCACUUCCAAUCUUCCUCACUCUUCCCGCCAAAACAUGUCGGGAUACGACCCGAAUUCUUUCAUCGGUAUGCACAAAGUCGUGGGAAAGCGGUUCGUAUUUGA